AUGAUGUCGAGUGAAAAUAAAGAGGAUGCCGGUAUCUAUGUUUCUCCAGCAAUUAAUCUACCGACGUUGGAUCAGUUGAAGAGUAUAUCUAAAGGCCUUGGACUCCAACUAACAAAUGAGGAGCUAUUGCAACACCGCGAACAUAUGAAAGGUGCUCAGAAGGCAUACCAGAGAAUCAGCGAGCUUGUGGAGCCAACACUUGAAGUUAAAUACCCAAGAACUCCUGGUCACCGUCCAAGUAAGGAUGAUAAUCCAAACAAUGCAUGGACAGGAGUUGGACUCAACUUAAAACGUUCGCAUGUGUCCUUAGGUGGCAGAAUCACAGGCAAAAGUCAGUGUGAAGAUGUGACGCUUGAUGGUAAUAGUUUCACGUCUUCUUUACCCGUCACAAACCCUGCAGAUCCUUCUAGAUCCUCUGGAGGUUCAAGUUUAGGUUCCGGAGCAUUGCUUUCCAAUGGACAAGUAGAUUUAGCAUUGGGUGGAGACUCAGGAGGGUCGAUUAGAAUACCAGCAAGCUGGUGUGGAAUUGUCGGCCUCAAACCUACAUACGGACUUGUACCAUACAGUGAUUCAUGCUUCUUGGAUUGUACUCUUGAUCACCUUGGGCCAAUGGCUCGAACAGUAGACGACUGUGCCCUGUUACUGGAGGUCUUGGCUGGGUAUGACGGUUUUGAUUCAAGGUCAUUAACAGGUCGAGCAGUUCCAGAAUAUUCACAUAUUGGAGCUCGGAAUAGCUGGUAUGAAGGUUGGGUUUCUAAAGAAGGGUUUGAUGGUUGCGAGGAUGACGUAGUAGAUGUUGUCAAGGCAACAGCUGAUGUACUCCGUAACGCUGGAGCAACUGUUGAAGAUAUCUCUCUACCCAUGCACACAGACGCUGUUUGCCUUUAUGCUGCUCUCAGCGAAGGGAUCUAUAUUCAGUCGUUUAUGGGAGGAAGUAUGGGAAAGAGUUUUUACCCUAACUCAAUCACUGACCACUACAGAAAAGCAAUUAGAACAAGGCCAUUUGACUUACCAAUAACUCGACAGGCGUAUGCGCUUUGGGGUGAAUUCACCAGGCGAUUUUAUGACGGCAAGUUCUAUGGAAAAGCCCAAAAUCUUUGCAAGGCGCUUACGGACGAAUAUAACAAAGCUUUGAAGAAGGUUGAUGUUUUGAUAAUGCCGACGUGUCAAUCCACAGCACGAAAACUACCAGAAGCUUCAUUUGGUUUAACUGAGUUGCUAAGAGAAGCAAAAGGUGUCUCAAAGAAUUCACCUGCCACAAACAUCACUGGCCACCCCUCAAUCUCAGUGAAUGCCGGCUACUCAAAGGGGCUACCAGUUGGUGCCAUGAUAACAGGGCGUCACCACGAAGACGCCACCGUCCUGCGAGUCGCCAAGUCCCUUGAGAGUGGACUAAAAGUUUAA